AUGUACUUACCGACUUCGUUUUCUAUUUCUUCAUUAUACCAGAUCUACUUUUCCUUUAUUUUUUCUGUUCUUUCUCUCUGUGUAACACCUCUCUCUUUACUCUUCCUCUCACUCUCAGUAACCCCCCUUUUUACUCUUCCUCUCACUCUCAGUAACCCCUCCCUCUUUACUCUUCCUCUCACUCUCAGUAACACCCCUCUCUUUACCCUACCUCUCACUCUCAGUAACCCCUCCCUCUUUAAUCUUCAUCUCACUCUCAGUAACCCCUCCCUCUUUAAUCUUCCUCUCACUCUCAUAACCUCCUCUUUACUCUUCUGCUCACUCUCAGUAACCCCUCCCUCUUUAAUCUUCCUCUCACUCUCAGUAACCACUCCCCUCUUUACCCUUCCUUUCAUUCUCAGUAACCCUCCUCUUUACUCUUCUGCUCCUCACUCAGUAACCCUCCCUCUUUACGCUUCCUCUCCUCUCAGUAACCCCUCCCUCUUACUCUUCAUCUCACUCUCAGUAACCCUCCCUUUACUCUUCAUCUCACUCUCAGUAACCCCUCCUCUUUACGCUUCCUCUCACUCUCAUAACCCCUCCUUCUUUACUCUUCCUCUCACUCUCAGUAACCGUCUCUCUUUACUCUUCAUCUCACUCUCAGUAAUGCCUCCUCUUUACUCUUCAUCUCACUCUCAUAACCACUCCCUCUUUACCCUUCCUUUCACUCUCAGUAACCCUCCCUCUUUACUCUUCUGCUCACUCUCAGUAACCCCUCCCUCUUUACGCUUCCUCUCACUCUCAGUAACCCCUCCCUCUUUACUCUUCAUCUCACUCUCAGUAACCCCUCCCUCUUUACUCUUCUUCUCACUCUCAGUAACCCCUCCUUCUUUACUCUUCCUCUCACUCUCAGUAACCCUCUCUCUUUACUCUUCAUCUCACUCUCAGUAA